UGGCUAGUACAGAGCAGGGCCUCUUUUUAACUGGUUUGGUUUCAUUCUGCAACAGCACUUUUACAGGAAUAGGCUGAAUUUCUUUUUUCCCCAAAGGGAAUAAAUACACAGAGGUGGACAGGUAUGAGUUAUGGCUUGGUACAUGUAGCUAACAGAGUUUUAAUCCAAGUGUUGUCCAGGUGUUUUUUUUUGUUGGAAGAAUAGUUUGUGUAAGAGUAGCCAUUGCAUUUCAUUUCUAGCUGCCUGGUGUUGUUUAAGAGUCAUAUAGGAGAGUCUUAUGUUUGACCAGCUGAACCCACAGAGUUGAGGGGUAAAUUCUGCCUUUGAGUUAUCCUCAGGUGCUUGGAGUUGGAUUCAUCUCAGCUGUCUGCAAUCUUCUGAAAAUUAGGUAUUUAGUCCAAACUAGAGGUGUAGGUGCUUGCUGUUAUCUAAAGGAAGACAAAGGCUCCCAUAGCAUGAUUUAUCCUCUGUUGUAGCUAAGUUAGGAGAUUUGCCUGUCUUUAGUGACUGUUAAAAGAGUCUAGAUUAAUUUUUAGGUGGCUAAAAUUGGAGAGGUAGUUUUAUUUUGUUACAAAAUUAGAGAGAAGGAGACCAAAGAGGAAAAAGGAAUGUUUUGUGAUCUAGCCUGCGAGCUUGCUUCAUACCUGAGAGGUUUAAGGGUCUGUCGUACAGUGUUAAAAGAUCAUCAUUUGACAACUCAGCUGUCUUUCCACCACAUUGCACAAAAGAAGCUGUUUCUUCCAUCUGCAGUGUGGCAUAAUGCAGUAAGAGGCCUGUUUAUUCAAACUCAGGACACACCAAAUCCAAAUAGUUUGAAAUUUAUUCCAGGGAAGGAAGUGCUGGAGUCCAGGACUAUGGAGUUUUCCACACCAGCUGCAGCAUUUUGCUCACCUUUAGCAAGGCAGUUAUUCAAAAUUGAAGGAGUGAAAAGUGUGUUUUUUGGACCAGACUUCAUCACAAUCACCAAGGAGAGUGAAGAGCUGGAUUGGAACUUACUGAAACCAGAUAUUUAUGCAACUAUAAUGGAUUUCUUUGCCUCAGGCUUACCUGUAGUUACUGAUGAGGCACCCAGGACAGACACAGCUGCAUCAGAAGAAGAUGAUGAAGUUGUACUGAUGAUUAAAGAGCUGCUGGAUACAAGAAUAAGGCCGACAGUGCAAGAAGAUGGUGGUGAUGUUAUUUAUAAAGGCUUUGAGGAUGGGAUUGUGCAGCUGAAGUUGCAGGGUUCGUGCACCAGCUGUCCCAGUUCCAUCAUCACCCUGAAGAACGGAAUACAGAAUAUGCUCCAGUUCUACAUCCCUGAAGUAGAAGGUGUGGAACAGGUUGUUGACGAUGAUGAUGACGUGGAGAAAGAAGCAAAUUCUACUUGAGCUAACAUCAUCUGUGGUCAAAUAAGUAUUUACCUCUUGGUGUACGUAAAUCAUCCUUGUACUGAGGAACAACCAGAUUUGCCUUUCUUUUCAGAAAACCAGCUGCACUUGUAUCUGUGAAAAUCUAUCAUCACUUUAAGCAGUUUGUCUGCUAAUUUAUUAAAUGCCCUGCAUUCAAAAAAUAAUCCUUUUGCUCUAUUUUGUCCUAUGUCUUAAGAAAGAAAUGGUGGGCUUUAAAAAUGGUGAGGUCUCUUCAUUGUCCUUUCAUUAAAAAAGUCCAAGACGAGAAAAAAGAAAAAGCAAAAGUAAAGUUUCUUGGCUGUUUUUUUUAUGCAAUAGAAAGAUCAAAUGUUUGUUCCCCCAAACCUCUUAAUGGGGCUUGCAGUACUAUCUGCCCUUGUUCCAUAAUUGAGAAAUUCAGGAAUGUUAAUUUUAUCGAGUCUUGUUAAAAAGUUUUGAUUCAUAUAAUUUUUUUCAGUUAAAAAUAACCCAUAACUUAGCUGCUCAUCAUGGAGGAUAUAUUAGGAGUAUCAUUUGUGGAAAGUUACCUACUUGCUCACUACCAGUGUGCAAACAAUAGCAGCAGAAAGAAAAAGCGGAGUUGUUUGUUUUAAAAAUGUUUUAAAAUAGAUGUUAGAAGAUGAUCCUUAUCAGCCUUAGUAAGUAAAGAGACUAAUUACUUUAUUUAGAAGUAAAAUUGUUCAGCCACUAUUAGUGGUCUGUUUAAACUUGCAAGAUUGUUUAUUGACAUAAGACUCCAACAUCAAGAGGAGUGCACAGUGCUCAAGGGCAUGAAUUACAUGGAUAGAAUAGCAAAAAAAAAAUGAAGGUGUUUCCUGCACCGUGUCCUGUUGGCUCCUCCUGAAGUGCCAAUGAGUGCAGCUGUGGGGAGACCUGGCACAGCAGGACAUGUCCCACUUUUGGAGACUAUAGGAGGAUAAAUAUUUAUUGUUCUGAAAUUGAGAUCAGGACCUCAGGCUGUGCAAGUAUUUCUGUUGACUUGUGUGCAUGAGACUGAAUGACUUCCCAGUGCCCAGGUGGCUUUGCUGAUGGAAAUACUGUUUGAUUGUACUGCCAUAAUUGGGCUGAGGUUGUGGUUGUUGGUUGGCUGAUGUUUCCAGUAAUAUUCCCUGCCUGCAAGGGUUUGACAGCCUCCAUGUGUUCCCCUCUUAUGCUCCUUGCCAGUGUAAUUCCAUUGAGUCCCUAAACAGGAUCAAUUAAGGCAGUGGAAAAUCAUUUAGAUAGCAUGCAGAUCAGCAUGUGGUAGCCAUAAUUUUUGUAUUGCUUGUUAGAAAUUAGAAAUAAAUAUUGUAGCAAAUAUUUCUUCAGCUUUCAUGGAGAGUAAUAACCUAGAGUCAUGUAAAUUACUCAGGUUUUGGAAGUUGGUUUGAAAUGAUCAUGUUUUCUUUACCCUGUUAAUGGAGUACAAAGUGCCUAAUCCUACAAGUGUGUCAAUUACUAAGUUCCCCUCGAGAUGGGCUCAGACUCCCCAAAAGAGAACUUGUGCAGACGUUACCACCAUGUUCUUCUUGGUCAGCAAACCACAGAAUGGCGAGUAAUAUUUCUGAUUUCUCAAAAAUAGGUCUUUUUAGGCCUUGUUUGUCAAUUUAAUGCACUAUAAAAGCCGAAAGUUAAGCAGCAAAGUAGCUGUUUUGUGUGUUAAAUAAAAUGUAUCUCUUAAA